AUUAAGCCGCUGUGGAGGCUUUAACUGCCGCCCUUUCGCAACUUUGAAGAGGAUUGGUUUCCGCGGACGGGGGCCCCGGACAAGUUUUGUGUUUUGGAGUGCCGGAGGGGGGUGUGGGGGGGGAAGUGGAGAAGAAGCGAAACGCAGUCAUGCCCUCAGUGAUGGAGCGCUCUGGGGCCGGGGUCCUGUCCAGGAGCAGAGCCAAAACCGUCACUAACGGCAGCAGCCAGCCCCACUCUGAGGAGGAGAGCAGCGAUGAAGAGCACGCUCAUGACAGCAUGAUCAGAGUUGGAGGAGACUACCAGGCCCAGAUCCCAGAGUUCAAACCAGACAGUCCAGCCCGCUACAAUGAGAAGGACCAGAGGAGCAUGCUGGUCUGGUGUCCUAACACUCAGCUCUCAGAUAACAUGUUGGAUGAGUACAUCCUAAUGGCUAAAGAAAAACAUGGAUACAACAUGGAGCAGGCUUUGGGGAUGUUGUUAUGGCACAAACACGACGUGGAGCGCUCGCUGGCCGACCUGGCCAACUUCACGCCGUUCCCAGACGAGUGGACGGUCGAGGACAAAGUUCUGUUUGAGCAGGCCUUCAGCUUCCACGGCAAGAGCUUCCACCGCAUCCAGCAGAUGCUUCCAGACAAGCUGAUCUCCAGCUUAGUGAAGUAUUACUACAGCUGGAAGAAAACCAGAACCAGAACCUCCGUCAUGGAUCGACAGGCCCGAAGGCUCAUCAGCAAGAGAGAGAAAGAUGACAGCAACGAUGAGAUUGAAGAAGGAGAGCCGGGUGAAGACAGCGACUUCGAGGUCGACGCAAAAAAAGAGGCCGUAAAGCAGAACAGCAGCGGCAGCAGCAACGCAGAGAAAGCCCCGCCCAGCCGGUCUGGCCCAGUGAAGAAGGAGAGCAUCGGAGCUCAGUACAGACACCACCCGCUCAGAGCUCGCCGCAGACCGCCCAAAGGCAUGCACCUGGACCAGACUGACAUCACGGCUCUGUCCACCUCCCACGAUGCCGGGGUUCUGUCCGUACGUCAGCUGGACACACACCUGGUGUCGCUCAAGAGACAGGUUCAGUCAAUCAAACAGACCAACAGCAGCUUGAAACAGGGCCUGACUGAAGGUGUCGACGUUUUCAGACCAGCAGAGCCUGCCCCGAAGAUGAACUCUCGUUGGACCACAGAGGAGCAGCUGCUGGCCGUGCAGGCCAUCCGUCGCUACGGUAAAGACUUCACAGCCAUCGCCGAGGUGAUCGGCACCAAGACGCCUCCUCAGGUGAGCUCGUUCUUCGUCAGCUACCGGCGACGCUUCAACCUGGACGAGGUGCUGAGGGAGUGGGCCGCCGAGCAGGUGGCCACCAGCCGGGACCAGAAAGACGCUCGCAGGAGCAGCGAGGAGCUGGCGGCCGACGGAGGAGGCGGCGAGGAGGAGGAGGUGAAGAUGGAGGACUCCCCUGCAGACCCCUGCAGCUCCUCCUCUCCUCCCUCUGUCACCCCCUCCUCUCUCUCCCAACCCCCACCUCUGCUGCGCCCGGCCCCGCCCUCCGCCCCCCCGAGCCUCCUCCGCCAGCCGCCGCCUCUCCAGACGCGGCCGCUCCAGAACCGAGCGCCGCACAAUCACCCCCCUCCUCCGCUCAUCCGGCCCGCCGUCACCUCCUCCUCUUCCUCCUCCAGUCUCAGGGGUUCUCCGCCCAGCUCCUCGCCUGCUGGAUGCCAGAUGCCUCCGUCGCUGGUCGGCCUCAAAGUGGAGCAGCCCAACUCACACUGAUACUAGCUUCUUCGUCACAUGAUGGCGCUCAGGUGAACAGCUACCUCCAAACCGCGGCUACACCGACCGGCAGGUAGAAACACGAAACCCACCAAACCGGAAGAGAAACACGAACAUCUGGAAAACAGGAGGAGUCUCCCACAUCUGAGCCAAAUCUGCGUUUUAAGACGGGUCAUGUGAAGAAAUCGCUUUUAUUUCUGAGCUUUACUUUAAAUUUUUAGACCCUUAGAGCUGCAGUGUGUAACUUUUAUUAAAAAAAUGUUUUUUACAUAUUUAUUGAAACUGUCACCAUGUUGUGACCGUUUAAGAGGCAGAUAAUCUGUGAAAAAAUCGAUCUCCUCCCGGUGCUACUAUUGCAGUCUGAAAUGCAACGCUCCCAACCAAAAAUAACCAAUCAGUCAGGAGGCGGGUCUUAGCGCUGUCAGUCAACAUCCUGAACUCACUGCUAAACGUUCUAAUCACAGAAAAAACAGGAAAACCGACAUAGGUGGCCAUGUUAACUUGCCUUAGCUUUCAUGACAGGCUAUGCUAACUUCUGCAUAGCAGAGAGCAAGGGGAGAAAGUGAGGGUAGGAUAAGUAGUGCCAAACAUAAGGCGAUUGACAGCGCUAAGACCCGCCUCCUGGCUCUGAUUGGUUGUUUCUAGUUGGCACUGGGAGAAGAUUAGGGUUUUUGGGAGGAUUUUUUUCCCCACAGAUUAUCUGUCCUACUAUACUGAUAUGACAUAAUGAUAGUUUCAACAAAUAUGUAAAAUAUAUUCUAUAAAAGUUACAUAUUGCAGAUUUAAAGACGAGGAAAAAACGGUACACAAGCGUAGAGAAGCUGAGUCUGUUGUUGUGGAUUUAGGUAGUUGAAUCUGUUGCUUCCAGUUUAAGUUAAAAAGACAUAAGAGCUGCAGCUCUUCAGUAUAACUGGAGCCAUAUUUAAGGUUGAGUCCUAGAUAGACUGUUAGUGACUGUAAGUAGCAUAGAUUGUGCAUACUGAUGAUGACUGAGCACAAAGGAGGCAAUGAGACGACGAGAACUUUAAUCUGCUUACCUCUGGCACCUCAGAGUCCCAAUUAAUCCAUUAAAGUCACAUUUUCCAUCACCAGAUUACAUAAAAGUAUCACUUUGAGGACAAAAUAAAAACUAAAAAUCAUAUUUGGCUGGUUGGAACCAGAGAAGGUUUGAUCUGCUACUCUUCAGUGUGGAGGUUGCUACCGUCGGAAGACGAGUCAGUGAGGCGUUUAAAAUGAAGAGACGGACACUAGACUUCAACACAGUGAGGGUUCGUUCAGGCGGGAAGAGAGAGCGAGACGUCCAGCGGAGAACAUGAAGGCAGAGGAGAGUGAAGAAAAGUUUCUAAAGGAAGGUUUUGAAGCUGCACUUUUAUAAACAAUGGGUUUUUCACAUGUUGUUUAAAACUGUCACUUUUAACAACAUGAUAGAAUAUUGUCACCUUGCUAAAAUAAUGACCCAACUUUUUACAAAAAUUUGUUGGCAAAAAAUGACUUUGGUAAUUAUUUUAGGAAGGUGACACAUGAGACAGAUGAUCUUUAAAGAAAUAAUUGAGCUCCCUGUGGUUCUACUGCCAUCUGUAGGAAGACGCCAUGCCCAGUCAAAAACAACCAAUCAGAGCCAGAAGGGUCUUAGUGCUGUCAAUCAUACGUAUGUAUAUGCUGCUCAAACCCUCCACCUUUCUAUAUUACAUCUAGUUCUAAAUGCUAAAGCUA